GCCCAGCCCCCCACAGGACAAACCCGCCUGCCUCAGCGCAACAAGGGGAGUGAUGCGCGGCUGUUGCUGAAGCUCCUGGCUGUAACUACGUCGCAUUAAAACAACACCAGGCAGUUUAUUGUACGUCUACUGGCAUGUUGCCACUUCACUCUUUGGCCGGUUAAUAGGGUGUUUCCCGUAACGUUCGUUAUACUUAUAUUAGUGAGCUAUCGGCAGCUAGGCACAAAGGCGUUUAGAGAGCUACUAGCCGAUGUUAGCUAACUGUAACUAGCAUGCUAACAACACAGCCGCCGAGAACGAGCACAUCCUUGCGCAGCCACACUCGGGUUAAUCUCUGUUGACUCGCUCCGUGGGUUAUGUUAGCUGUUUCAUGGUAGUCAUUCAUUUGUAACCUAAGUCAAGUGUUUUUUUUUAUCAGCUACCACUCAUGACUAGGAUACUUGAAGCAACACUUAAGUAUAACUGGUUCGUUUGCUUGUUUUUCAGCUAGCCAAGGCACUGCUUUGGUCUCAUUCAGGGAUGUGGUGGUAGCAAAACAAGCUAACGUUACUCCCCUCUGUGAAGAAGUGACUGCAAGAAGUGAGGAAAAACUGAAGGCAAGCGGGAGUUUUUAUUUGUGUUUAUCUUUCAUUCCGGUGUGGAUGACACGAGGACAAACCUGACAAACACAGUUGAACUGAAACUGGGAAUAUCACUAACAGGUCGAAGGGAUUAUUUUGGUGUCUCUAAGUGGAUUUCGGCCUCUUGUUGGGGAUCGUCGUGGGAACACCGUGAGUGUUUUGACAUUGAGUCAGUCUACACGCAACAAAUAUCCCGCCGACCUUCAUCCUCCGAUGCGGAGAUUUCAGUAGCACCGGCAACCAAAUCCCCCCCGGCGGCCGGACAUGCUGAAGUGUAUCCCCCUGUGGCGUUGCAACCGCCACGUCGAGUCGGUGGACAAGCGGCAUUGCAACUUGCAGACAGUCCCCGAUGAGGUAUUCCGCUACAGUCGCAGCCUGGAGGAGCUUCUCCUCGAUGCCAACCAACUCAAAGAGCUACCAAAGCCUUUCUUCAGACUACUUAACCUACGGAAGCUCGGCCUCAGUGACAAUGAGAUCCAGAGACUCCCCCCCGAGGUGGCCAACUUCAUGCAGCUGGUGGAGCUUGACAUUUCCAGAAAUGACAUUCCUGAGAUCCCCGAGAGCAUUAAGUUUUGCAGGGCCUUGGAGAUCGCCGACUUCAGCGGAAACCCCCUCACCAGAUUGCCGGAUGGUUUCACUCAACUGCGAACGCUGGCUCACUUGGCACUCAACGACGUGUCAUUGCAGACAUUGCCCAACGACAUUGGAAACUUGGCCAACCUGGUGACGUUGGAGCUCAGGGACAACCAGCUGAAGUCGCUGCCUACGUCCCUCUCCUUCCUGGUUAAACUGGAACAGCUGGACCUGGGCAGCAAUGAACUGGAAGUUUUGCCGGACACCCUCGGUGCUCUCCCUAACCUUAGGGAGCUCUGGCUGGACCGUAACCAGUUGUCCUCAUUACCACCAGAGCUGGGGAACCUCCGGAGACUGGUGUGUCUGGAUGUGUCAGAGAAUCGUCUGGAGGAGCUUCCCUCAGAGCUGAACGGCCUCCUGGCGCUCACUGACCUGCUGCUCACACAGAACCUGCUGGAGGACGUCCCAGACAGCAUAGGAUGCCUGAAACAGCUGUCUAUCUUCAAAGUGGACCAAAACAGACUGACCCAACUGACUGAUUCAAUAGGAGAGUGUGAAAAUCUCACAGAACUCGUCUUAACAGAGAACCUUUUAGAGUCACUUCCUCGCUCGCUGGGCAAGCUGAAGAAGCUGACCAACCUGAAUGUAGACCGCAACCAUUUGGGCACCGUGCCCAAAGAGCUGGGCGGCUGUGCCUGUCUCAACGUCCUCUCUCUCAGAGACAAUCGCCUGGGCAAACUGCCCGCUGAGCUCGCAGAUGCCACUGAGCUGCAUGUGCUGGAUGUGGCCGGAAAUAGAUUACAAAACCUGCCUUUUGCCCUGACAAACCUCAACCUGAAGGCCAUGUGGCUCGCAGAGAACCAGUCACAGCCCAUGCUCAAGUUCCAGACAGAGGAUGAUGAGCAGACAGGAGAGAAGGUGCUGACCUGCUAUCUACUGCCUCAGCAGCCUUCCCCCAGCCUCGAGAACUUGCUACAGAACAGUGUGGACGACAGCUGGACGGACAGCAACCUGAACAGAGUGUCAGUCAUUCAGUUCCAGGAAGAGACCAAGGCUCAGGAGGAGGACGAUGAGGCUGCUGCAGAGCGCAGAGGUCUUCAGCGAAGAGCUACACCGCACCCCAAUGAGCUGAAGGUGAUGAAGAAGGUGAUUGAGGAGAGGAGGAAUGAAGCUUACACAUCCAGGGAUGAAGAGUCUCCUGAUUCACAGGAGAAACGGCUCAGUGACCUCUCCAAUCAGAGCCAUGACUCUCAGGUGUCCAAUAGCACGCUGUCGGCCACCUCGCAUGAGGAGAGGCAGAAUGUGACGUCGCAGAGGGAGGACCUUGUAGAUGGCCACGCCCCUCAUUAUGAUGACGAGCUGGACGAGAUGGAAGUGGAGUACAUUGAGCCCACUGUGCACUUUGCAGAAGAGCCCAUCAUCCGGGGUUUGGAUGACGACGACGAGGAGGACAGGGAAGAUGGAGGGAGGAGUGACGAGGAAGAGAGGCCUGUGUUUCCCGCAGAGAAGCAGCGUCUGAUCAGAAAGGACACGCCGCACUACAAGAAGCACUUCAAGAUCACCAAGCUGCCCAAACCUGAGACUGUGGCUGCCCUGCUGCAGGGCUUCAACCCCGAGAGCAUGAACUCUCCCACAAAGCCUGCAGAGGAAGAGGAGAAGGAGGAGGAGGAGGAGGAGGAGGAGGAGGAGGAAGAGGAAGAUCAGGGUAUGUGCACCCCUCAGCACCUUCCCAGGAUGGAGGCGCUGGAAGACAGUCGGCUCCAGGUCAACUCCAGUCUAGUAAAGGGGGUGAAAUUUGAUCAAGUCAAUAAUCUGCUGAUUGAACCUGCUCGAAUUGAGGAGGAAGAGCACUCGCUGAUCAUCAUGCGACAGACUGGCGGCCUGGGUAUCAGCAUUGCUGGAGGGAAAGGAUCUACACCUUACAAGGGAGAUGAUGAGGGAAUUUUCAUCUCCAGAGUAUCUGAAGAUGGCCCCGCCGCAAGAGCAGGGGUAAAAGUGGGAGACAAACUCCUAGAGGUGAAUGGAGUGGACCUCCACGAAGCAGAACAUCACACGGCGGUUGAAGCUCUUCGGAGCUCUGGUGCUUCAGUUUCCAUGUCGGUGCUGCGGGAGCAUAUGGUGGAGCCGGAGAACGCCAUCACCACCACGCCACUGAGGCCGGAAGACGACUAUUUCCCCCGCGAGAGACGGAGCAGUGGCAUCGCCUUCAACAUAGAGACGGCUCCCAAGGGGCCACAGGAGCGGCUCUCCACCUGCCUGCUGCGAAACGACAAGGGGCUGGGCUUCAGCAUCGCAGGGGGCAAAGGCUCCACCCCCUACCGCACAGCAGACACAGCAAUCUACAUCUCUCGGAUCGCAGAAGGGGGAGCAGCAAACAGAGACAGCACACUGCGUGUCGGCGACAGAGUGAUCUCCAUCAAUGGUGUAGACAUGACAGAGGCCAGGCAUGACCAGGCAGUAGCACUCCUUACCGGCACCUCCCCCACCAUUGCCCUUGUGGUGGAGCGAGACCUGAAUGCACCAGGGGGCUCUCCAGGUCAAUCCCGGGCACGAGCCCACUCCCCUCCACCCCCAGAACCCUCAGACUCACCGGACCAGGAGGAGGACGGCCUCACCAUGCAUGGGAACAACCUGAGCCGCAUGGAGGACGAGUAUCCCAUCGAGGAAGUGAUCCUGUUAAAGUCAGGCGGGCCACUAGGCCUGAGCAUUGUGGGAGGCAGUGAUCAUGCCAGUCACCCGUUUGGCAUCAAUGAACCCGGGGUGUUCAUCUCAAAGGUGAUUCCUAACGGCCUAGCGUGUGAAAGUGGACUGCGUGUCGGGGACCGAAUUUUGGAAGUGAACGCCAUCGAUCUGCGUCACGCCACACACCAGGAAGCUGUGCGAGCGCUGCUGGCCAAUAAGCAGGAGAUCCGUAUGCUGGUGCGGAGGGACCCUUCCCCGCCUGGGAUGCAGGAAAUUGUAAUCAAUAAGCAGCCAGGGGAGAAGCUCGGCAUCAGUAUUCGUGGAGGGGCCAAGGGUCACGCAGGAAACCCCUUUGACCCUACAGAUGAAGGCAUCUUCAUCUCUAAGGUGAGUUCGAGCGGUGCUGCAGCAAGAGACAGCAGACUGAAGGUUGGGAUGCGUAUCCUGGAGGUGAACAACCACAGCCUGCUGGGGAUGACGCACACAGAGGCGGUGCGAGUGCUCCGGGCUGUAGGAGACUCUCUGGUCAUGCUGAUGUGUGACGGAUUCGACCCACAAAAAAUGACGGGCGUGGAGGCGUCUCCCGGCAUCAUUGCCAACCCAUUUGCCACCGGCAUCGUCCGUAAGAACAGCAUGGAGAGCAUCUCAUCUAUAGACCGAGACCUGAGCCCGGAGGAGAUGGAGAUCAUGCAGAAGGAGUCUGAGAUGGUGAGAGAGACAUCACAGUGGGAGCGAGAAGAGAUGGAGAAAGUGGAGCAUAUGCGCUUGGAGCGAGAGGAGGCAAACCGCCUGCUAGAAGAGGAGACUGAGAACAUGGGCACUGGACCUUUGAAACUUGACUACAAAACCCUGGCGGCUCUGCCCACCACCAGUCUGCAGAAGCUCAACAGGGCGCCUCCUUCUGACUUCAACAGGACGGAGAGCCCAAUCAGAGACGCCCCCUACUCCCCCACCAUCCAACCGGCAAACCUUCAUUACACUUCAACUCCAACUGCUAUCGAGAACUCUCCAUCUUCAACACGACCGGGUGCCAUCCAGCCAGUGGGGCGCAUGCGGCAGAGCCCCUCCCCUGGCACACCGGAGGGCCACAGUCCUAACCCCUUCCAGCAUGGCCCCUCCCCCUUCAACUCCCAGACCUCUCCUCGCGCCCCCUCCCCCACCUCGCCCGACGAGUUCCCCAUGAACGUGAAGCAGGCAUACAAGGCGUUUGCCGCUGUGCCUCGCUCACUGGCAGUGCUGGAGCCCCCCCAGGACCAGUGUGGUGUCAAGAACAAUUUCCACCCCAAGGAACCUUCUCCAGAGCCUGAGUUGAUGAACGAGGUGUUUGAUGAUGUCAUAGACGGUCAGGAGGGGGCUGGUCUGAGCCGCCACGGCUCCCCUAGGCCCCACCUCUCUCCUGACCGGCGGGAGUAUCUGAGCCUGGCCGCAGUGCCUCGCCUCUCCAGGCCGUCCUGGGACCUGCAGAGUCCCUCUCCUGGUGGUCGGGGCAGCCCGGAGCAGCGCUCCUUCAGGGACAGACAGAAGUAUUUUGAGAUUGACGUGAAGCAGCAGACACCAGAAAAACCCAAACCUCGAGUGUCUCUUGUUGGAGAAGAUGACCUUAAGAAAAUGAGGGAAGAAGAAGAGAGGAAGUUUGAGCAGCGGGCGCGGGAGUACCUGAUGGAUGAAGACGAGGAGGACGAGGAGGAGGAUCUGGCGAAGCAGAUGGCGCAGAUGAAGGCCACCGGCAAGGUGUUGCUGGACGGAGUGGAGUACAACGUGGAGCCAGUGUCCACCCCCACCCAGCACUGCGCUACCCCAUCCUGCUACAACGUCACGCCGCCCAGCUACUGUGGCAGCUCAGGGCCUUCUUCUGUUGAUGGUAAAGGAGAUUCUCAGAGGAACUCACUAGAGGACAGCUUCAGGAUGGAGCAGAGACCCAACUCCAUGACUGGUCUGAUCCCAGCGUACACCGGGGACUCUGCGGCCCCCAUCCGCACAGCCAAAGCGGAGCGGCGGCACCAGGAGAGGCUCCGUAUGCAGAGCCCCGAGCUGUCUGUGGCCUCCGACAAGGACCUGUCCCCUGCUGAGAAACGAGCUCUGGAGGCCGAGAAGAGAGCCAUGUGGAGGGCAGCACGGAUGAAGUCUCUGGAGCAGGAUGCACUGAAAGCUCAGAUGGUCAUCGCCAAGUCUCGCGACGGAAAGAAGCGUGGGACACUCGACCAGCUGACGGAGUCGCCCUCGCCCGCCCCCACCCCCUCUCCCACACCUAUGGAAGAGCUCAGUCCCCGAGGAGUCACCUCUCCGGGUCGGCUGUCCCUGUCGUCAAAGAAGUUUGACUACCGACAGUUUGCUGCCAUUCCUUCUUCCAAACCCGUAUACGACAUCCAGUCCCCUGACGCAGUGGAAGAGCUGCAGUUCAUCGACGACGGCUCCAGCAACCCAGGUGACUACCUGGGAUAAGCAGCUCCUAUUGUUCCCGCUGUGAGCCCUGAGGCUGAGGUGCCCCCCCCGCUGCCUGCCACCUCGGCCCUGGAGGAGAUGGCCCUGUACAGCAACAAGCGCAAACUGAGGCAGGGCCGCCGCAGCCUGGAGACCGCCGUGCCCACGUAACGGCUCACUGAGAGAAGAGAGCCCACGACAUGAUGCACGCACACACACACACACACACAUUAAGAUGCACUGUGGAACACAGAGUCACUAAACACUACACAGUAGAGCGAGAUUUCCUCUCCCAUAUAUAACCACUGCAGAGACGACACUCUUAUAUCCUGCUGCCAGUCUGUGGAUGGCAGGUUGCUGAGCAGUCCCUACAGGGCAACAACCCUGUAGUGUGGUUAGCUAGCUGUCGCUACUUACAGACCAUUCUCUUUUUGUUGUUGUUGUACACUCGGUUUACCAAGUAGAAGCUUAUCUAUUUUAAAAAGGAAGCGGCCGAAGUUUUUAUUUUUUUUAUUUUUGCACCUCUAACGAUUUUGCUGUUUAAAAAGAACAUACUGGAAGAGAAAAGAAAUGGGUCAUAGCUAUACUAACUUGUUGAAUUAUAUUUUUAGCCUUUCAGUGACUAGAUUGUAAAAAUGUCAGGGGUUUCUAGAGACUCGGACAGGAGUGUAUAUAUUAAUUGAGGGAACAUCCUGCUACCUUCAGUCACAAAUUGUGGAGAGCUUUUUAAAAACACAAAAACAAUACAUAUCUUUAUGCACUGCCACCUAUCAACUUUUAAAGAACAUAUAUCUUAAGUAAUUUAUUGUUUUUAGCGUUUUACUCAAAUUGAAGGCCCUCUGUUUUAACCUCCUUUGGGAGUGCAUGACUGAUGGUUAUCGUAAUGUAUCUUUAAAUACUAAACUAAUUCAUUUCACUUUAUGUACACUUAUGAAUUCACAUUUUUAGAGAAGCAUAUCAAUAAUUAGAUCUCUUGAUAUCUGUUGCUCACGGUAGUUGGUCAUACCUGUGAUUGUUACAUUCCCCAUUGAGAGAAUCUGACUACACUAAGCAGGCAGUUUUUACAGAUAAACAUAUCACACGUUAGGAACCAAGUAUCAUUUAAUAAUUAACGGUACUCACCCUGCCCUGUUUAGGGUCUUGUUUUUUUAUUUUGCAAUGUGAAUCAUUCAUUUGUAUCCUUGAAUUAUCUGGAGGUAUUCCAGAGUGAUGUGAAGGUAGCAGGUGUUUUAUUUUUCUGUCUAUUUAAAUCUGACGCCACUGAAAAAUCAUUUUAUUAUUGUGUGAAUAAUGUACAAAUACUGAAAGGAAAGCAAACGUCGGGUUGAAACUGAGUCAGUCUUACAGGCUUGGUGCUGGGAUGCUCUCUGCAUGUAUAUUGGUUUGUUAAUGGAAGAGCUGCGGGGGUCAGAAGCAAUUAGAAAUCCCCCUCAAGACAUUGUUCAGUUCACUGCUCCACAUGCUGUCAGUUUAUGUAUCUGAUGGGUAUUUUUGCAGAAUCACAGCAUAGUAGCAUUGUUUUAAUUUAAAGUAGGGUCUUUUAAUCAUAGUUUCCAUGUUGCUCUCACUGACUGAAAUUCAGUUUGUUUGAUAACAUUUGCAAUGGUUGAUAUCUUCUUUUUUUUACUUGCAGUAGGUAAUUCUUUUUUUUCAGAUGGGUUUCACUACAUUAAUGCAGUGUUUCAAGUUGUUGUGUUUAUUCUUUUGUCUCGAGUCCUUUUUUGGGACUUUUACUUGCAAAUAUGUCAGAGGGAAAGGGUCAGAAGUUCUAGGGUCAAGGGUUAGAGCUCACAAGACUGUAACUAGUGAAUUUGUACAACCAAAGAAGUCUAUUUUGUGGUUCAGGAAUAAUAAAUUUUACUUUUCAUUUAAGAAGCUGA